UCCAGACAGAGGCAGCAGCAGCAGCACGCCGACGGGAGGAAGUGGCGCUGAACGCAGCUCCACACCUUUCCGGUGUAGCAGCGCUGCGACCAGCUCCGCCGAGAGGAGAACGACGAGAGCCGGGUGUAUUUAUCGAGCCAGGAGGGGGGAGAUAGGAGGGGGAUAAGAAGUGGAGUUGUGUGAGUGGAUACACGUGUUGCUGAGUCAUCCUCUGAAGACGCCGGCAGCAGGGUGAGGUUACCCGGCGCCACGCUGUGUGGACUAAAGCCGCCGAAAGCUGCUUUUUCUCCGCCGGGAGCGGUGAAGAGAACAAGGGCGCAGCCGAUGAGGAGGACCGGACACCAGGAGGAACCACAAGCACCGCGGCCUUCCCGGGGCCUUGUCCACACGCGUUUGAACCCACUGUCCUGUCUCUGUGUUGAUGUGACACAAUGCAUGUCCAGCCACAGCUAGUGUAACCGUGCCAUGUUGUGUUCAGGGCCUGUGAGCAUUGUGCUACUUUAAACAUACACUUCACUGGAGGCACAGUGUCAAGUCAAGCUCCUGUAAGUACUGUUUGUUAGGUUAAACAUGAGUGUCUAUUUUUGACUUUUUUUUUUUUUUUUUGUUCACCCCCCCCCUAUGGUCUUCACUGAGUCAUGUUUUCAGAAGUGAGCCCAUAAACUGAAGCUGUAAGAGAGUAAAUCACCCCAACAUAGAGCAGACUUUUCUUUCUGGUUAGGAUCGAGGUGUGUAUGCACAAGAGUUCAACAUGGGGAAAGUGCUGUCCAAGAUAUUCGGCAACAAGGAGAUGAGAAUAUUAAUGCUGGGACUGGAUGCAGCUGGAAAGACAACAAUCCUUUACAAACUGAAACUGGGACAGUCUGUCACCACAAUCCCCACAGUCGGCUUCAACGUGGAGACUGUCACCUACAAAAAUGUCAAGUUCAACGUCUGGGAUGUGGGGGGGCAAGAUAAGAUUCGCCCCCUGUGGCGACACUACUACACCGGCACCCAGGGGUUAAUAUUCGUGGUGGAUUGCGCGGACAGGGAUCGCAUCGACGAGGCGAGGCAGGAGCUCCACCGCAUCAUCAACGACCGGGAGAUGAGGGAUGCCAUCAUCUUGAUAUUCGCCAAUAAGCAAGACCUCCCGGAUGCCAUGAAGCCACACGAGAUCCAGGAGAAGCUCGGCUUGACCCGCAUCAGAGAUAGGAAUUGGUAUGUUCAGCCCUCCUGUGCGACCACAGGUGAUGGACUGUAUGAGGGCUUGACAUGGCUAACCUCGAAUUACAAAUCUUAAUGAUUGAGUGCUGACUGUUUUAGGUCAAAACUAUAAUACCAUUGCAAGUAACAAAUAACUUCUCGAAAUGAGUAUGGUUAAGAGGAAGUUGAUUAUCUCCCAUUUAUUUUUAAUACUACGUUUACCCCACGACUAAUUUAUCUUAAACUGGGUCUGCUGGCUUAUGGUUCGCUUGUACUCUGUAGCAGGCCUGUAUCACAUUCAUUAGCUUGGGCUUUGCUUGAUGAAUAUUGAAUUAAUUGGUCCUAAUUUUAAGCCAGAGAGAUCACUGCCUUUGCCUAUUCUUUGCCCUGUUUGUAUGAUUUUUUUUUUUCUUCCAAUGAAGCUGAAGCUUUUGUCUUCAUUCUUGGGACUUUAAAAACUUUAUUCAAGGUUCUUCGGUCUCUGUUGCAUUGAACUUGGAUCUUUUUUCUUUUCUUCUGAGGUGAGAUCUUUAAUGUCACAGUAUACUUGAAGGACUUUGACAUCUGUAUGGACACAGUACUGCGAUGAAAAGUAUUGCUUAAUGGUAUUUACUGCUGCAAAGGGAGAAACAAAAAAAUAAAUCACCUGCUUACAUUUCAUUGUCAUUAGUCUUGACAUCUGAGAAACAAAACUACUUGACACAUGUUUUGAUGCCCCUCCCAAUCCCACUCUGCGGGCUAUAUAGUUUACUGAUUGACCUUCCGUGUCAUGUCUCGAUACCCAAUUGUGCUGAAUAUUCAACCAAUAGGCCUCCAGUAACUCUUAAACAUGCUUGUUGGGAUGCAUUUUGAUUUUGGGUAACAUGUAGUAAGUUGACUCAAUCUUUCCAAAGGAAUGUUAUUCAGCUCUGAGCUCUCUCAAUCUGAUACCACAGUUGAUUAGUCUCAGUAUUGGGACAUUAUAUGAUAGCCUAUAUCUGUAGCAUGAGUACGAAAGUACAGUAACCCUACAUCAGAGUCCAUCUGUCGUGCAGUCAGAGGGAGCUGUAUACUGGUGAAAUGUUGAAGACACACUGUGGUGCAGCUCUUACUCUUAUUUUGACUGGGGGAACCAUGUACAGAGCAAUGUCAUUGUAAUGUCUUAUUAAAAAAGUGAUUUUAAAUCUG